UGCAGCUACUCUUGCGCCGCCGAGAGGGAGGGGCCCAGUGCCGUCCGCCAGCCUGGCUCGCCACCGCUCGCCCGCUGCUCAGUGUCCUCGCGAGCCCAGCUUCGGCCGGCGAAGGCGACGUCCAGCGCGAGCCCGGGCGAGGCGCGGCCCCGAGCGGCCCCGCGUGUGAGCCUUGCUCAACCGUGCUGGUGGUGACAUUUUUCCCUGUGAAGAGUAAAGAUCCCCAAUUGUAGAAGUGGUCCCUGGGAAGCAAAGAGCAGUAUGACAGAACCGUCUGCCUGAGUCUAAAGUGUGAAGACCACCAUAUCCACCAGAAAAGCCACGAUGGACCUCCAUCAAAGCACCACAGUCAGGCUCCUGCAGCAAUGGAGUCACCAUGAGUCACCAUUUGGCUGCAGGAGACAUUAUAACACCAGGAAAAAACUGAAACUAAUUCGAGUCAUUGGCCUUGUCAUGGGCCUGGUAGCUGUGAGCACUGUCCCAUUUUCAAUCAGUGCCUUUACUGAGACAGACUCUCAGAGCAACAGAGGAAAAGCCAGUGAUGUGAGUGGCCCUAGAGUAGCACAGGGUCACCGUCAAAGAACUCUCUUAGACUUAAAUGACAAGAUUCGAGAUGACACCCCACAGCCACCUGCUUCUCAGGAAGACCAAGCUGAGAACAGUACUAAUGAUCACUCCCAGGGGGACUACCCAAAGGACAUCUUUUCCCUGGAGGAUCGAAGGAAAGGUGCCAUCAUUCUCCACGUCAUCGGAAUGAUCUAUAUGUUCAUAGCGUUAGCCAUCGUCUGUGAUGAGUUCUUUGUUCCUUCUCUAACUGUCAUCACUGAAAAACUGGGAAUCUCUGAUGAUGUGGCCGGAGCCACCUUCAUGGCUGCAGGCGGGUCAGCCCCAGAACUUUUCACAUCUCUUAUAGGAGUCUUCAUUGCGCACAGCAAUGUUGGCAUUGGCACCAUCGUAGGUUCCGCCGUGUUCAAUAUCCUCUUUGUUAUUGGCAUGUGCGCUCUGUUUUCUAGAGAAAUCUUAAACCUGACCUGGUGGCCGCUCUUUCGGGAUGUGUCCUUCUACAUCAUUGAUUUGAUCAUGUUGAUCACCUUUUUCCUGGAUAACGUUAUCAUGUGGUGGGAAAGCUUACUGCUCUUAACGGCUUACUUUGCCUAUGUGGUGUUCAUGAAGUUCAACGUCCAAGUAGAGAGCUGGGUGAAGCAAAUGAUAAGUCGCAAUAACGUUAUCAAGGUGACAGUACCAGAAGCCCAGGCAAAGUCACCUACAGCUGGGGACAAGGAAGAACCGACUUUACCGGUAGGGAGCAGUAGCCCUGCCUGUUCCUGUGCCAGUGAAGAGUGUGUAGCAGAGACGAAACCGCGCCUCCAGCGAGGUGGAAGCUCUGCCUCCCUCCACAACAGUCUCAUGAGGAAUAGCAUCUUCCAGCUCAUGAUACACACCCUUGACCCACUCGCUGAAGAACUUGGAUCAUAUGGAAAACUAAAAUAUUAUGACACAAUGACUGAAGAAGGGAGGUUCAGAGAAAAGGCUUCAAUUCUCCACAAGAUCGCCAAGAAGAAAUGCCAAGUGGAUGAGAAUGAGAGGCAGAAUGGGGCUGCCAAUCAUGUGGAAAAAAUUGAACUCCCCAACAGCACAAGCACAGAGGUCGAAAUGACGCCAACGAGCGAAGCUUCAGAACCUGUCCAGAAUGGAAACCUCUCCCACAACAUUGAAGCUGCAGAUGCCCCGAAGGCCACAGAGACUGCGGAGGAAGAAGACGACCAGCCCCUCAGCUUGUCCUGGCCGGCCAACACCCGGAAGCAGGUCACCUUCCUAAUCGUUCUUCCCAUUGUGUUCCCGCUCUGGAUCACCUUACCUGACGUCCGCAAACCUGCUUCCAGGAAGUUCUUCCCUGUCACAUUCUUCGGCUCCAUCACUUGGAUCGCUAUUUUCUCAUACCUGAUGGUGUGGUGGGCACACCAGGUUGGAGAGACAAUCGGCAUUAGUGAAGAGAUCAUGGGUCUGACCAUCUUGGCUGCUGGGACCUCCAUCCCUGAUCUUAUCACCAGUGUCAUAGUGGCCCGAAAGGGCCUGGGGGACAUGGCCGUGUCCAGCUCCGUUGGAAGCAACAUCUUUGACAUCACUGUGGGGCUCCCACUGCCCUGGCUCCUCUACACCAUCAUCCACAGAUUCAAGCCAGUGACUGUGAGCAGCAAUGGCCUCUUCUGUGCCAUCGUCCUCCUCUUCAUCAUGUUGCUUUUUGUCAUUAUCUCCAUCGCCCUCUGCAAAUGGCGGAUGAACAAAAUCCUCGGCUUCAUCAUGUUUGGCCUCUACUUCGGUUUCCUGGUGGUCAGCGUCCUCCUGGAAGACAAAGUUCUCGAGUGCCCUGUCUCCAUCUAGUGGAAAAGCCAUAUCUUAAACCAAACAGCAUGGAUGGUUCCUCCCGGCUCUGGGCUCCAGGCUUCUUGCAGUCUUGAGAAGAGGCAGCUUGUGCACAGCCCUGGGAGGCAAGUGUCCCUCCUUGGAAGGUUGGAGGAAGGAUGGAUUCCCAUGGGGCCAUUCACUUCACAGGCGCCUCGCCCCUGCCUGAUGAAAUGACUCCAUGUAAGAGACAAAGAGGACCGUCUCUCCAUCACCACUGACAGGUGCACCUCGCUGGUCGGAGGUACAUUCAUUGUGAUGACACAAAAGAGGACAGAGGCUAUACAUACAUAUAAGUAUAAAUAUUAUAAAUAUAUACACAUGAGCAUACAAAUCUUGCCUGUUUCUGUACUAUACCUCUCAUCCUAUACCUAUAGAUUAAUACAUAACUGUACACAAACAGAAAGAAAGAUUAUAUAUAUAUAUAAACAUAUAUUUAAGUGCAAAUGCAUCUUUUCAGGGAUCGCUCUAGUAUAUUUAUAGUACCUGUUUGAAGAGGGGCAUCAACCUUCAACCUUCAGUUUGUGCUUCAGCCCCCAAGUGCAAAAGCUGAAUUAACAGAAUCAGUAGGCAAAGUGCUCUUUUGCUGUGAUUUCUAGCCUGCUUUGGAUGUACUAAGUUUAGUGAAAUUCUUUGCAGAAGGAGAGCUUAAUAGAGAGAGUCUGUAGGAACCCCAGUUAGAACCUCUAAAAUACUCUCACAAGCCAAAAAGAAUCACCCUGCUCAUCCCCACUGGGGUGCUCUCAGGCCCUCGGGAUUCCAUGAGACAGAGGCGAAACUCAGACUGAGUGACAAGGGAGGGGGAUGUGCUAAGGGUUAGGCUAUUUGGUUUGGUUUGUUUUCUUGUAAUGCCCCAGCAUGCACGUAGAUGGUAUGAAUGAAAAACCAAAUUAGUGCUUUUCUAGGACAGCAAAAUUAUAUAAACUGAACCUAUCAUGUUCCAGUGCAUGGCCCAUUAUCAUCAAACGAACAAGGACAAUCUUCUCUGUGAUUGUCAUUUGACAUGCUUUAAUGCCAAGGGCUCCCACACAGUCCAAAGUCCUGCCAAGAGCGCUGAGAUGUGUGCUGAAAAUCACCAUCCAGCAGAGGUGCUCAGUGGGGGUUGCCACCCAAUCGGAACAUAAGGGCAUAGCUCCUUAGAGCAUUUCUCAGUGUGGUCACAAAGGGCUGCAGUGUCUAAAGAUCGUUCCCAGGAGUUCUAAACUAAAGACUGGCAGUGUUUGGUUGAGGCUGUUCAGGUUUGCUUGCAGAGGCACUUAACCACUUGAGUGUCCCACCCCCAACCCCAGAACAGUUUUCAAGUCCUAUGUCAUGGAUUUGGUAUGUAGACCCAUGCAACAUCUGUAUCCUGCCUCCCAUAAUAACCCCAUCUGGAACUCUAGCACAGUUCUAAGCACAGUGGAGAUGAUACAUGCUCCAUCAUUUCUUUACACUACUUUGAAGCAGUCACUCUGAUAUUUUGCUCAGCUUCACGUAGGGGUCACCUCAUUCACUGAGUGUCCCCAAGCUCUAUCUGAGUGUCCCCAAGCUCUGUUUGACAUCUCGUAUGACUUCUCAGGUUUAUUUCAGUAGAAAAUGGGACUGGUUGGCAGCAAAUUAAACUGACAAAACAUGCAGAGUUUUUUCAUUUCCCUAAACCAUGCUUUCUCCUUAAAAUCAACUGAAAAAGUAAAUAGAAGGUGGCCACCUGCAUGUAAAUCAGCACACAUCAUACACAGAGAAUGUCACCGCGUACUCACGUCCUGAUCUGACAUUUUGCCUUUUCUGACUGUUGCAAACACCCCUUAACACAGGGAGGCAGGAUGCAGAACACAAAGCUGAGUAAAAAAGGUUGGGUAGCCCAAUACCCCAGCUCAAGUUCAGCAUUCCAUCUACAAAUGCUCCAUUUACAGAGCAUAGCAACAGCAGGCAGAGCAAGCCCCAUCACCACUCUUCACUCAUAAGCCAAAGGCACUUCAAAGUGGAGGCCCCCUGAGGACACAAGAAAUAAAAAGGUCUGCCACCUAAGAAACUGGCUUUCAAGUCUCUCCAACAAUGCAGAGUUGGGAUUUCAAUGGUGAAAGAGAAAUCCAUGCCCCAUUUAUCAAGGGUUGAACUGUGUGUGGGGCAAGCGUUUGGGUUGUGUCCUUACAGAGAAAGACAAAGGGAAAGCAAGUUUUCAGUUUUAAAGUCUCAGAUUCUUGUCCUGUCUGCUCAGAUGAGAGCAUGAUGAUUGUUGGAUAAAUUCUGAUUUCUGGUUGGUUUAUUGCUUAAAACGGAUAUUUAAAAAAAAAAAUUGACUGUAAAGAAAGAAAGGUCAUAGAAUGUGUGCUCCUACCGUUACUAUCCCUUCCUUGCCAGGAAGCACUCUAGGUGCCUAAGAGCUGGGAGUCCUGCUUCAUAGGGAGGGCUGUGGUCUUUAACAAAAGUUGCUUUGAGUAGACAACAUUCCCAAAGCCAGCCCCCACUUCCAUGGUGUUCCCCCUCCCUGAGGGGUGCAGGCACCAUUCACUGCCGGCUCUUGCUGCCUUGGUUGAAGAGUGCGUGGCAGUGUGGCCAUAUGUUGUCCUGGAAUCAUUCACAUCAUUGUAAAAUUGCUUCCUACAGGAUAGAUUCAGAUCAUCUCCAAUUUCUUUCUUGCAUGUCAGAGUGUGCAAGUGUCCUAGGUCGACUGACAAACACUGUCAGUGGUGUCAUCACCCUAUUGGCCCAAUCACAUUUGUCAAUCCCAAAGCAAAGAGCAUCAGAUUUGACAAUCAAGGAAGAGGAAACUCAUGCACACCAACCAAAGUGAACAUUUUUGAACAAAAGGUUUUUUUUUUAAUUCUGUGCACGUAUACACACAAACAUGCACAUACCAUUCAAACACUCCAACCCACAGGAUGUUGGAAAUGGCCAGCUGUGUCCCUAUGCUUUCAGAGAAGCAAAAGUAUGCAAAAAGAGGCAUGGGAGAAAAAUUCUAGGCUGUCGUCUCUUUGCUUCUCUGGAACAGGGUAUGAAAUAAUAUCAAAAGUUCAAGCCAAAAUUUUACCACUCAUCCUAAAAUUAAAAAAAUAAAAAUUGUAGCCAAAUGGGUCCAUUUGCUCAGAGAAAACCAAGCCAGUCUUGCUUGCUGUCACCUCUCCUAAAGCCUUAGGCAACCCUAGAACAGGAGAGAAACUUGGUUUAGACCAAGGAAUCUAAAAUAGAAACUACUAGAUUUGCAUUUGAGAGUGUCCAUGACACAUCCACCUGCCCUCUGGACCUGGCCAGUCUCUGGUGGGAUGAAGCAUGAGACUAAUGGUGUUAUUCAACUUCCCAGGACCUAAACAUGCCAGACAGAGUCAGCAGGGCAGAGGACACGUGCAGAGGCUCAGCGAUGGGGUUAUUCAUCAGCUCAGCAGAUGACGCAGAGUGUCUGAAACCUCACUUUAGUGUCAUGAAAAGAGGCAAGGACCAGCUCAGAUCCGAGGAAAAUGCUUUGCAAGGCCUCGACUGGGGCCAUUAGACAUUAUUUUAUAAGGAAGACACGAAUCAGGUAGUUUGGAGACCGUUCAGCAAAGCACAGCUGCCUCGGUGAUGAGAUUUUUGGUAACAUUAACACACAUCUGCUCCUGGCCAGAGAAAGUUGGCUAACUCCCCUACACCACCACUUCCCACAUCUUUUAAAUGCCUCUGUGACUUGAGAUGAAGUAAGAUAGAGUCUGUAAAAGAAGGUUAUCCACACCCACACUACCUUCACAGAAAGUUGAUCACAGAAGAGACAACUGUUAGAUCUACUGGCCGGUCAGAGGGAAAGAUGGAAUUUGAAGUGUUCUAUUGAGAGAAUUGCAUGGAAGCAUUGACUGAAGGGUUUGAUGCCUGUCUGAAUGAAGCAUUUCAGAGAAUUUCAGUGGGCUUUCAUGAAAUCACACAUGCACAAACACACACGCGCACAGACAAAUUCUAUUCUUCCUUGCACCCAGAAAGGUUGGGACUCCGACAAGUAGCAUGUUACAGACAGCAGGUGGAUCCAGAAAAAUCAUACUAUAGAAACUAACACCCACUCUUACAUAUUCACCUGGCCUAAUAAUUUUUAAGCUGUCAUCUUCAAUUCCCAUGCCUCUCCCAACAUUCUUUUCAAUUAGCAGACAAGGUCUUCCCAUUAAGAGAGAGUUUGUAGAAAAAUAUAAAAUUCAAAGAGGGGAGUGGGGAGAGAAAAUCAUUUAUUUGUAAUAGGAUUCCUAAGAAAGCAACUAAAUAUAUCUAUAAUGUUUAAAGUGGUUAUGAAUAGCAGAUAUUUUUAAACAAUUACUAGAGUCUAUACACAUCCUACAUUUAUUUGAAAAGCACAUGUCAAGAAGGACUCAGGAAAGAAAGGUACCUGUGCCUUGCCCCAGUGUCUGUCUGAGUUCAGUUUACUGCCUUUGGAUCUUUGUGGUCCUUUUUAAUCUCACAGCUUCAUAUUCCUUGAAAUAUAUAGCUAAGAAAAGCAAUAAAGGAAAUACAGCCAGCUCAGAUCCAAUACAUAUUAUAGCACCUUCGAGCUAUUUCUCUCAUGUCACUGGGCACUUUGGGUCCACAGAGGCUGUGGUUGCUGCAGCCAGGAGGACAUAGGCUUCUGUGCAGUCACAGAUGUGCAUGCAUUCACUACAUCUGGGACAUAGCUUGCUUCCCGCAUAGACCGCCCAGACAGCAUCCAUCCACAUGCCUUUCUCACACAUAGACAAUCAACCUCGCUUUAAACUACCUAAAUGGCACCAAAGUCUUUAAUCUUGUUUGUGAGUCUUUUAUUAAAGGGUGGGAGAGAGGGGCACACAAAGGACAAACAAAACACAUUGGCCUAGGCAGGCUUUGAGAGACGAACCUAGUCCUGAAAGUUUAGGCACCUAGAAUUAAAUUAUUAUACAAUGAGGGACUGAAUGGAGAAGCGUGGUGCCUAAGCCAAAGCACUUUUCCUAAAAGACUGAUGGGCUGGACUGGAAAAUUAAUAGGUACCUAAGGAUGAAGGAGUGCCGUGGACUGUCCCACCAGACAGUGAUUCCACUCGGGAGAGUCUGUCUGCUGAUUACGAUAGUAUAAAGGACCACUGAUAGUAAGUCAUCAUGGGAUAUCAGCAAAGAGUUCCUAGUGUAACCAAGGUCAAUGUUUAACACUGACAGAAGAGUACCCACCCAGCUUAACCCUAACACCCCAGAGCUGAUGACUUCACCCUUUUUUUGUUUGUUUGGUUUGGUUUGGUUUGGUUUGGUUUGGUUUGGUUUUUUUGUGUUUCCUUUGUGGCAGAAGUCAACUGCUUUUGAAAACUUUUUGACCUUUAUCCAUGACAUGAUUGAAAGUUGCCACUGUAGGACCCUGUACCUGUUUUCAUCAGAAACAUUCUUGAAUUUUGGUUCAUUUGCUUAGGUGUUUUCUUCUUCCUUCUCCUCUUCCCCCUCCUCCUUUCUCUCCUCUUCCUUUUCUUCCUGCUGUUGUCACUAUUCCUCCUCGGUGUAAAUAUUCAAAAGUUCUAGACUUUUACCCCCAACAGUACUUUCCUGUGCAUGACUAAUCCCUGGAGGAGUCCAUCCUAACUGCUGUUGAAUGGCAAGCAGAAUCUGUAACCAUAGGUGUGCACAGUAGUGCAAAGGCCUUCAAGGGCCAGUAGACUUGAAUACAUUACCAGUGGGAGUUGGUUGUCUGACAUCAAGAUGAACACUGGGCAAAGCGUUAUCAUAGAGGACUGGUGAUGUCCAGGUCACAGCUCUUCUUGUAUCUUGCAUCUUUGUUCCAUACAUAUAGUCAAAAGGGAAGCAGGAAAGGAGCCACAUUAAAUUGUUCCAAGACUCUGGGUUUGUGCUUGCCUACAUUGAUUCCUGGGAGGACGUCAUUUCAAAUAGGAGGUCAAAGAAAGGGUUGGAGCUCCUCUGGUCAUGAGUCCCACGGUGUGUUUACUUCCUCAUGCAGUAGAUUCAUAGAAACAAUAAGGUCACUUCCUGACCUGGAAAACGGUUCACCAAAAGAUGGGAAUUUUCCCUUUGGUUGCAGUUUCUUCAUAAUAGAUAUAUAAAUAAUGAAGACCUUAGAUACUGACAGGUCUCUAAAAAAACUCAGCUAGCCAAAAUAGAUACUAAUUUUCUUAAAGCAUGUUACAUACACACAAACAAGAGAAAACUGAAAUAUCAUUUCCAGAAUGAAAUUGCAUGUGUGAAUUAAGGACAGAAAACUCCUUACCAGUUAACUCAAUGACUCUCCAAUUCUUACCAUCAGGAUAAAACUGAAGGACAAAGGAUGCCUUUUGGGUUUUUUAAUUUUUUUAAAUGCACUUUAUAGUAUUUCAUAAGAGACGAUUGUCUUAAUUAAAGCCAUAAAAUACCAAUAAUGCAUAUAUUCAGGGCUUCUGGAUAUAGUCAAUAAACAGUCCACGGGUCAUUCUGUGUGUUGUUCGUUGUAAAAUGAAGUUUAUCUGUUCUGUUUUUAUUACUUAAACUACUGUUCUAGACAAUCCUAAUCAACUAAAAAAAAUUUAGGUGUGUAUUUUAAUCAAACUUUGAAAAUCAAAGAAACUACUCAUUUCAUGGAAGAAUUCUUUAUUUCCAAAGCAGCUUGUUGCAUGGUUACUUUAAAUAGCAAGUUCCACUAUUGCACUGAAAAUAUUUCCUUUUAAAAAUCCUAGAUUAUGUUUCAGGAAUCCAUUUGCUAUGUUAAGCAAGAUUCACCCACGUGGAGAUUGGAAUGGAUGAUUAGCAAACAUGCCUGAAAAAAUUAGGAUGUGAUUAUGUUUUUAUAUAAAUAUAUGAUGUGUCUAAGAAGUUCCCUUAUAAAAAUGGCAAGCAGAUAUAUAACCUGUCAAUAAUAUCUUAUACCUGUAUGUGUAUGCGUCCCUGGAAGGACAACCAAAAACAGCAGACUUCAUGGUGUGCUGGGUGGUCAAUUUCCUUUUCUGUCCAAACAGUUUCUGACUGGGGAUGGUGGAUUGUUCAUGUAUAGAUAUGGACAGAAGUUCUCAAGACUAAAACUCUUUAAUAGUUCAGUUUGUAAUGCAGUAGGAGUGAAAGUUGAGAUGAUGACCAAAGGGCACAUAAGAGCCUAGAAUAAUCCACUACAGCAGGAUAGCUAAGUCAUUUACAUAAGCCCCAGUAUUAAACAGAACAACCCCACCCACCCAUCAUCUUAGGCUUGAACAGACAACUUGCCCUAAAGAAAAAUAUCUGAAUGCAGAGUAGUUGACAUUCCUCUAACACAGGCUGUGUGGAGGCCCAAGGUUCUCAAAGAGUCAGACUGUCCAUCAAGAAUAGAGAGAGCUUCUGUUGAAUCCAGCAGAGUCCACCUUGGUCCCUGUACCCAACCUUGUUCUUUCAAGUCUCCAUAGCAAUAGCUUCCAUCUUCACAAUGCAGACUCAGAGAGGUGCAUGGAAAAUAAAUAUAUGACUCACAAAUAAGGCAUGAUGGCACACCUGCAAUCCAAGAAGUGAGGAGGUAAAGGCAGGAGGAUUGAAAGCUCCUGGCCAACUUUGGCUGCAUGAGACCCUAUCUCAAAAAACAAAAAACAAAACAAACAAACAAACAAAAAAAAACCCUAUCCUCUUGGUUUGAUGUAGCCACUGCUAGCACAAAAGAAAAGUUAUAUAUUUUUAAAAUAGAAAUAUUAUUAGUGUUUAUCCUAACAUAGAUAUAUACCCUAUGAGGUAUAACCUGCCUUUUAAAUGUGUUAAAAGGUUUACUGCCAACCAAACCUUUUCCAUGCACUAUUGUACCCCAUAAAUAUGAACAUUAACUAUGCCAAUCAAAAGAAUACAACCACUUCUAGAAUUUUUAAAUGAAUACAGUUUGGAAAGAAGACCAAAACAUAUUGGAAUGCCAUUUUUGUGAAGGAUCUUUUUAGGGGUGGCCCGGGUCUCACACAGCCUUUGUUUGCCUGCGUUCUAAAGGAGCAUCUUAGCCCCUGCCUUCACCCCUCCAGACUCCAGGGGAUGCACUUUAAAGUCCUCUUUGUCAUUCUAUGUUUGUUGUGAGCAGUUUCCUCUGGCUGGCUAGAUGUACAGUGACUCCGUGUCAUUUACUCUGUGACUCUGUCUGUACAUAACUGGAAUUCGGAUGGCACCUGUACAUAGGCCGUUUGGAGUGGUGUGCUUGGGUCACGUGGUCUCACUCCGAUAAAGGGUUUUCUUCCAUGGUCCACUGUCUGCAUCCUUGUGCUUGUACUAGUGAUAACUUACUGAAUACACUUUAUGUAACUAAGUCUUCUCAAUGUAAAAGUAAUAAUAAUAAAACAAUUGACUCCUGUAA